AUGGUGUGUCCCAGGCGGGAGCCAGUCUCUUCACAGGAGCUGCGCGAGUGGUUUGCCCGCCGCUGGAGCCGUGCUGCUGGAGCUGGAGGUACUACUGUUGCUGCUAGUCCCGGAGGUGCUCGUCCUUGCGGUCCUGGAGCUACUGGGCCUGGGGGUGCUGGAGUUGGUCCUGCUGGAGCUGCUGGCGGUGCUGGUGCUGCAGGAGCUGGAGCUGCUGAGGGUGUUGGCGCUGGUGUUUCUGCUGGCCCGAGUGCGUCUGGGGGUGCUGGAGUUGGCGCUAUUGGAGCUGGGGGUGCUGCUGGCGCUGGUGCUGCCGCUGGGGGUACUGGUGCUGUCCUUGCUGGUUCUGGAGGCGCUGCAUGGCCGAGGCCGUACUUCGUUCCGCUCCUGGAGCACGUUCUUGGUCUCCUGCCCUCUACUGGUCCUGCUCCUCCCUUAGAGUGUCCACUAGCUGUCCAGUCGCAGUCACAGGUACAGCCCGCCUCCCCCCUACCUGCUCCUUCUCCCUACAGUGGUCCUACUGGAGGUCUUGCUGAGCGUCGUGAGCCUUCGUCUCGUCCUGCGUCGCCUGUUCGUGCUGCUCGCACUAGUGGUCGUACUGCGCGUCCGCGUCCUUCUGCGGUCCCAGGCACACACCAGAUGGCGCUGCGUCCUUCCACUGCUCCUCUGCGUGUCCCGUUGCCGUCUCCUCCAGAGUCCUCUCUUCCUACUCUUGCUGACCCGGAUCCACUGCUGCGUCUGCCCUAG